AUGAAACGGCAGAAUGAGCGGAUGCAAAGCUUGCAUUCCAUGCGAUGCCCUUCUGCCAAAAUGGAACAGACGGAGAAGACUACAGAUAAGCUUUUACUCUCCAGCAGCGGCAUCCUCGGUGAGCAGGUCACCUCCGUGUAUGACAGGCUGCAGGCGAGAGAGGCUCUGGGGCGACAGCAACAACAACAAUUGGAGGAAACCUGGAAAACACCACCGUUAAGGAAUGGGCGGCGGGCACAGGAAAAGACGAGUUUCUGGAAGAAUAAAAUGUCAGCUCGGCUUGGUGAUCCUAUUGUGCCCCUUCAUAUGCUUGAGCGCAUGCAGAUUGUGUUUAUAUUAUACGGGAAACAACAACAACGUAAAAAGAGAACUGUGUUGCCUUUUGACGACUCCACUAAACGCGAGGAGGAGGAGAUGAAUGAGUUUGAGGCCAUGAUUCAUAGCAGAGAGCAGGAGUUGGAUAGGCAGGAAGUUCCUGUAGAUGGUAGUGCACCUUUGCAUGCGUCAGGUAACGACCUUGUUUUGGGUGGCGCAGGCGCAAAGGGGAUUCCCUUUCCUGUAUUUGAGCGGUUCAUUGUGGAGCCAUACUUUGAUGCGCUCUUCCCGCCCGCGGUGCCGUCCACGCACGCGGUGGGGCCCUCCAUUGAGACCUCAGACGGCUGCCUAAGCUCCUUCGAAUUGACCGCUAAAAGCUCUUGGAGUUUUGCUGGUCGUCCACGGACACGCACGCGGUUCUUGUACCAACGGCGGCGUGAGAGCCACGUGGAGGCGGCGGAGAAUCUCUUUAGUGUGAUGGACACCAACGGUGACGGAUUCCUCUCCUGGGAUGAGUUUAGUAGCUACAUCCUGCAGAGUGGCCAACAGUUGCUGCUGAAGAGCCAGUACGGCCGCGGGGGGACGGCGAGGGAAAAAGACGGUAGUGCAGAGAAUGUUGCCGGUCGUUGUCUGAACUUUACCCCCACGCCUUUAAACGUGAAUCUCUGGCAGCAGCAAUACCCCCUUGUGCAUCACUUGUAUCACUCAGAGCCUAUCAGUCGGCUUAUCUUUUCCAACAGCGGACGUCGCUAUAUCACGGCGGCGUGGGACGGGCUUGUGAAGGUGUGGCGGCCCAACCCACGACUGGCAGAUGCAUACGGCAAGCCUUCCAUUGUGCAUGAGUGCACGAUAUUUGCGGCGGGGGCACCCAUUAUUGACUUGGUGUUGAGCCCAGCCUCCCUCGGGGACGCGGAAGUGUUGGCCGUGGUGUGUAUGGACGGAACCGUCACGCUGCUGCGCGCGGGUACAGGCGAGGUGCUCAAAACGUUUAUUGGCCGCUGCUCGAUUCCCCCAAACGUGGGUUCCCACUUUCGGCCUAAAUUGAGGACGUGCACGCAAGUGAGGGAGUUUCAUGUGAAAAAUGCUAAUGAUUUGCCACUUACGGAACAAGACAUCAAUGGCACCGUUGAGACUGGUGCGGUGGUGCUACGACCCACCUUUAAGGUUCGCGCCUACCGUCGUGAGGCGAUUGAGAUGUUCUUUACGGAGGUCUCCCGCUACUUUACUGGACUCAGUGUAGUGGCGCCGACGUAUGAGCACCUCGAACGGCGACACCACGUCAUGGCGGAUGUGCUGCUGCACUUUGGGGAUGCUCUUGUUACGCCAAUGAAUAAUAAACUGAGUCCACACCACACUUUCUUUGGGCUGCCCAAAAAUGGUACCAGGGAUGCGAAGAAAGCGACGGACAACGCGGAGGCUAGGGCCACUCACGACGCUUCUCAGUUAGGCACGGAUGACGCUUUUGUUUUGCAAACUGGCGAGGCGACGGCGAGUGCAUCGUUACAGCCACGGCGUCAAAAACAGUGGCGGCAGCAUCAGCUCCGCGAGGUUCAAACCCCGACAACAGCUGUUCCCCGCUCUUCUUCCCUCAAUUACUCCGACGUGGGCGAUAAUGAGAGUAAUAAGUGCUGGUUUGCCCGGUCCGCGGCGUUUGCGCAGUACAAGCGUGCAAACUCCGCCUCCGUCCUUCCCAGUGGUGUCUUCCUCCUGCUUGGCUUUGAGACGGGGGUGCUGCAAUUUUACUCCUUACACUCGCAGUUGUUUGCCAUCUCAAACAUCGCCAUGGCACGGCUGGAGGUACCUUCCAUGCACGAACCGGUGCUUGCUCUCAAACUGCACCGUGGCAGCAUCACAAGUAUCCUGACGAGUGAGAUGCAUGACCUGCUUAUGACGGCAAGUGACGAUGGCACCGUUAUUCUGCGACACAUAAGUCGAAUCUGUGUACCGUUUUUAACGUUGGGUGACGGGGUGCCGUUACCUGGUAGGCCCCUACCGUUUCACCCCAGUGGGCACACUAAACGUAUUACGUGCAUAUGUUGGCAUAGCGUGCGUGGUAUUAUCGCCACAGGUGGGGCCGACCGCAUUGUUAACUUUUGGGCGUCCUCAUCGUCACGUCCUCUGUACCGAAUUGAUCUUCGUAUUUUUUCCACCAGCAGUGGAACCAGUGGGACCCCGAUUGAUGUCUCAUUUAUCCAACCCCCACGUUACCCAUUGUUGUUGUUAGUACUUGACACGAGACGUAUGUUGUACUUUAUCGAUACCGUUUCGUAUCAAUGCUUGCACAUGCUGCGGGACGAUGGGCUUACGUCGUUGAAGGCGGGAGACAUGUUGUGUGCCCGCUACGACGUUGUGGAUGGUCGCCUCAUCCUCGGCGGGCGCCAUGUGCGGGCAUGGGACAUCCGUCAAACGGAUGAAUACCCGGGCGAUUACUGUGGUCAUCGGCGCGCCGUUGUCGGGCUUGUGUACCAGCGCACCUUUGGGUUUUGGGUGAGUGCCGAUGACUCUGUUGUGAUUAUUUGGAAUGCUAAGAUGGUGGAUAUGCAUGGAGAGUGCAAGGGUUCCUUUAAGAAGGAGGCGGAGGAGGGCGGCGAAGGGGCACGAAGACGUCGCUCUAUCGACCGGGAGAGGAAGAAGGGGUUUCGUUGGGUCCUGCAGAGUGACGUGGUGCGUUACUGGACUGUUGAGGGUGGAAUUUUUUGUCUGGCGGUGGAGCAGUCCGAGUUGUCGCACGUGUUUGUCGCGCUUCUGCGAGAGCGACGCAUUUUGGAGUACAACAGCUUCAGUGGAUCGGUGCUCCGCGCGUUUGACUUUCCUGGGGAAUCAGGGGAAAUCUGCUCCCUGGCGUGUGGCAGGUUUAACAGCAAGGCCUCGUUUAUGCACCCCGUUGCGUUUCUCUGCGGGACAUUUGAGCGUGAGCAGUCGUCGAAUGGCACCACCGCCCUCUACAUGUUGACGUCGGACAGUGACGUGAUCGCUGCCGCGGAUUCUUCGAGCAGCGUCCACCGCUCCAUCGUGACCACAGGCGUCGGGGUGUCGUGCGCCGUGAUUGUGGCCGCCCUCGGCCUCGUUGUUGUGGGCCACCGCGGCGGCAUUAGCGUGACGCCGGUGGAUGAGGCCACUACGUGCCCCAUUGCCUGCACACGGCUCACGGACGUGCCGCAAAAGCGACGGCCACAUGGGAAGGGGGGGAAAAAAAAUGGAGUCACGGCUCUCUCGGAGUCGCGCCGCGUCACACCGCCGCACCCCACGCCGACAGCGGCGUCAGUUACUUCAUUGAUAAGCGGCGAGAAGAGUGGUCAGCUUAACAAGCGGCACGUGCUUGGUCUUUCAAGUUUGCAGCAGCGACGGCAAACGCAGCAGAGGAACAGCAUCUGUCGUCUUGCACCACCGCUAGACCUUGUCGCUCUCCUCCCUGGGCCUCUCCUACAAGAUCCGGUGUCAAUCACACGAGAAUGCAUGCAGCAAAGAGAGCGGUAUCUUUUCUACAAUGAACGCCAGACCACGGCGUCCGCGGGAAACCCAUUGAAGAUCACGUCUGAUACCGUCGCCAGCAUGGAGGAGGAGGAGUAUGGUGAGAAACGGAAUAGCAACAGUGAUGAAUUGCCACCGCUAUUACUGUUUUCUGACGCCUUUAUAUCCUCCUCUCCUGCCUUUGCUGGAAGCUUUGGUUUGCUUCUUCGUGAGCAGCUUGCCGCCCGUGGCUACGUUGGACAUAUUGUGCCUGUGGCCGAAACCGGCUAUGCCGUAACUGGCAGCGAUGACGGUGUCGUACAGUUGUGGAACCUACGCACCCUGUCGGAGGUGAUGCGCUACCGUGCCACCUACGCACUUGAUGCGAUAACCGCGAUGGAGGUUAGCGAGGAUGCCGCCUACCUCGCCGUGGGGGAUACAAAUGGGCAUAUUUUGUUGCUUGACAUGCAUGAGAUUUCGUGGGAUUCAGCGAUACCGCUUGAGAUGGUAACAGGCAUUGAAAAUGGUGUACAUGUGCUGCAUCGGUGGCGCGGGCAUCGACAUAAUGUCACAUCUGUGCAGUUUGUGCGGCGUGAGGGCGGCAUGGUGCGUCGUAGCGCUGCUUAUUCCUACACCGUGCAUCGAAAUACCACUCCGCGGACGCCUCUCCGCCAGGUUUCGGGUUUGGAUUUUUCUGCAGCUAACAAUAACACAACUGAUGAAAAUGUGGCUUCCCGAAACUACAGCAGCCGCGAUGUUUUUUUCCUUUGCACCAGUGGGGAGGACAGCUACGUCUACGCCUGGUCUUGGGAAGCGGAGCCGCGUGGGGGAGGCUCUGUGAAUUGCAUUGGCUGCUUUGGCGGGGGUGUGGAGUUGCCACCAACACCACCGGUUGACGAGCUGACAGAUUCCGCCUGGCAAGUGCUCGAGGUGGUGCGGAAGGUGUACAUUGAGGAGCGCCUCAUGUCGGCUGGCGGUGCCCUCAGUGGGCCAAACGUGGAGGGGGCAAUUCCCACCGCGGUGCUUGAAAUUAUGGAGGACAUGCAAUCGGUGAAGUCUGCUGUGAUGUUGUUACGGCGCGGGGCGGCGGCGAUGGGGAAGCGGCUGGUGUCACUGUCAACCCUCCUCCGGGCACGGGAGCGCAGUCGCGUGCAGUGCACCAGCCCAAGCUUUGUGAGCUCCGCAAGCGAACCCUGUCCUCCCACCUACGUUUUAGCCUUUGAGGAGGGGUUGUACUACGAUCGCGGCAUUGUGGAGCUGCUCGAGCGCGUCCUUACGGGGAUGCAGGAGGCGCGUACGCGACGAAAGUCGAUUAUGCAGUUUCCUGUUUGUCGUGCAAACCUUAUAGGAUCGAAACGCUUACUAAAGCCCCCUCGGCAAACCGCCAUAGCCUCGCAGAUGGAGAGAAGCCUCGCCGAGGAUGAAACACCCCUUCCGACGACUGUUACAGGCACGCUAGAUAUUACAACUCGUGGUGCCGUUACUGGCACAGACCCAACUGUGGUUGCGGGUAUGCGUUUUGUUACGAGCACUCCCGUGGUCGGCACACAGGCGCCUACGUGUGAGUUGCCUACAAAGGGUGCUGUGGUCAAGGAUUCUGGCAGUGAGCCUUUCAUGUUCCCCUCGCCGAGUGCCUCCAAUGUGUUCCAGCCCACCUUACCAUCCAUCAAUGCAUCUCAGGGCUCUCAAUACCGACUAUUUAGCUCCACCUUACCGCUUACAACGCGAACGGAGUCAAUUUCUAUGCAGACGAAUGGGGGAAACUGGGCUCAGUUGCCUUCGAUUACCGUACACUUUGCCACGCCGUCGCCGCUUCCACGUCUACAGCAUGUCGACAAGAACGCCGCUGAGGCUGGCGUGGGCUAUAACACAAAAACGGAUAAACUUCCCCUGAUCUCCGACAUUGUUGCAGUCGGCAAGCAUAAAGGUGAAGCCUAUAAAGAACGGCAAUACGGCGUUAAAGUUCUUCUACGGGAGAAGGCAAAGCGACGCUCGUUUCACUUUAUGGUCCUGGGCCAGACGCAGAAGCACCUGGCGGAGCAGAAGCCUAUCGAAGUAAAGGGUACGGAUCCUGAGCAGCUUAGUGCUGCACGGCGCGAGCGAAGACGAAGGUCUUCAGCGUGGGAAAUGGCGCGUUUCAUGCAAACACUUAUGACAUGGAAGUCGCCGCAGGUGGCAAGUAUGUCAUUCCGAAGUGUUGGUUCCGGCUCGGAAGGUUGCCGGGGUCAUCGUCUCUCAUACACGGAUACCAUGGGGGUGGAUCCGGUGGAGUUGCCGUUGUUUAUUCCGCUCUCUUUGGGGGUCCCAUGCCCCUGCACCCUCAGCAGCACUCUUAAAGUGGACGAAGGCAAAAACACGAUGGCGCAGCUGAAGAAUGAGAUGGAGGCGAUGGGUGCGACACUGAAGGCCACCCUGCGUGAGAAACAACUACUAAUGGCACGGGAGCGUGCAUCAGUGCAUGCAAACACAAUAUCCACACAGAACUGCCUCGCCAACAGAUAG